GUUAUAAUAUCCAAUUCUGUAAAAAUGAGCUCUUUAUCUACAGAAUUAGAAGAUCCUGUAUCAAGCAGUAAUAAUGAUGAUCAUGAUAGCAACCAUAAUAAUGACCAUGUCUAUGAUAAUAACACUAAAUAUAAAAAGUGUCUGAAAAAAGAAUUUUCUUGUGCAAAUAGUGAAGAAUAUUGCAAAAAAAGAAAGAAAAUGCAAGAUGAACAUGGUACUAUUGAAGGGUUAUUCAAAAAGACUUCUAAAGAUUCCUCUACUACGAUGUUGGCUGAAAUUAAUAAUAUGAAACUUCGUAAUAUGUUUACCACCUGGAUUAUUAAUCGUCAACGCCUACUUGCUAUAAUCAAGGAUUCUGAAUUUGUCAAAAUUAUACAGUACUUGAAUUCCAAGGCAUAA